AUGGCGACCCAGGUCCAUCACCACCGGUCCACCACCAAGACCUCCAACAAGCCUUACAAGAGCAGGCAUGCAUCUAAGAGCGCGCUAAAGGACCAGGACAAGGGCAAAGUCGAGCGGGGUGCCCGCAAGACCCCCCACCAGCAACUCAUGUCUAAACUCGACCGACGAAACCAAGCUCGCCAGAAACAACAGACGAAACACCAGGAAAAGUCGCAGACGACGAGUAUCUUCAACGGCCAGAAUGGAGCCCCCCGCCAGGUCGCCGUGAUCCCGCUUUCCGUCGAUAUCGAUGUCGCUGCAACAAUCCGCGCAUUGAACGAGAGUGUCGACGUUUCUAGUGAUGUUUCGGGGGAUCAGCUUUCUCGCGUGCGAGUUGAUCGGUUCCGACAGAACUUGCAGUAUAUUCCCGCCAAGUUUGAUUUGAUGAAUGCGAUGGAUGUUGCGCGGAUGGCGGAUUUUGUGGUUCUGGUGCUGUCCGCCGUGGUUGAGGUUGAGGAGCAGGGAGAGUUGCUGCUGCGGUCGAUUGAGGGUCAGGGUAUUUCCAACGUGGUGACCGUGGUUCAGGGUCUCGACAAGGUCAACCCGGCCAAGAAACGACCGCAGGUCGUGUCUUCUCUGAAGUCAUUCAUGAACCACUUCUUCCCCUCCGUCGAGAAGGUCCUCUCCUUGGAUUCGAGACAGGAGUGCUCCAACGUCAUUCGAUCCCUGUGCACCGCAACACCCAAGGGAAUCCGCUGGCGCGACGAGCGCAGCUGGAUGCUUAUCGAGAAUAUCCAGUGGCCCGAGACCGCGGCGGACGUUGUCGACAAUGUUGUGCUCACCGGUGUUGUUCGCGGAAAGGGUCUGAAGGCGGACCGUAUUGCGCAUAUCCCCGGCUGGGGUGAUUUCCAGAUCGAUUCAAUCACCGCUGCACCUCUGCCAACAGGCCGCGCCAAGCGGGACGAUGCCAUGAACGUUGACGACAACGAGUCGACUCAGGUCCUGGACACACCAACCGCGGAGCAGGACGACAUGGCGGUCGUGGCACCGGAAGAGAUUGAAAUGGAAGAUGAAAUGCUUUCCGAGCCUGAAACGGAGCAGAAGGGUGUGCUGCUGGAUGACCACCAUUACUUCUCGGAUGACGACUCGCACAUGCCCGCCAAACCCAAGAGGCUCCCGAAGGGUACUUCCGACUACCAAGCCUCAUGGUUCGUUGACGAUGUGUCGGACUCCGGCUCGGAUCUCGAGGAUGAAGAAGACGAGAAGAUGGAGAUGGACACCGGUGGCGCACCAGAAGACGGUGUCUUCCCCGACCAGAAUGAUGCCAUGACGGAGGCUGGACCUUCUGAGUACCCUCAGUCAGAGAUGUUCAUCGACCAGAACGAAGAGGAAGAAGCGAAGCAACUGGAAGAAUACCGUGCCAGCCGCCGCAAGGAAGCAAGCGACGACCUCGAAUUCCCCGACGAAAUCGAACUGCACCCCAACGUCCUCGCACGCGAACGUCUAGCCCGCUUCCGCGGCCUCAAGAACUUCAAGCUCAGCACCUGGGAAACGGCCCCAGACCGCCCCCAUGAACCUGAAGACUGGCGUCGCCUCCUCCAAUUUGCCGACUACAAGGGCUCCAAGAACAAGGCUGUCCGCGAAGCCCUAGCCGGCGGUGUCAACCCCGGCGCCAGAGUUGACAUCCACCUCCGCGCGGUGCCCUCCACCCUCCGCACCCGCCCCCAACCCCUCUCCCUCUUCUCCCUCCUUCGCCACGAACACAAACACACGGUGGUCAACGUCAACAUGACCCUCCACUCCGGCGUCGAAGAACCCCUUAAAUCAAAGGAGGAGCUCGUCAUCCAAUACGGCCCGCGCCGCGUCGUCGCAAACCCCAUUUUCUCCGCCAACGACAACACCCCUAACAACAUCCACAAAUUCGACCGCUACCUGCACCCUGGCCGCAGCGCAAUCGCCUCCUUCAUAGGCCCGCUAACCUUCGGCUCCGUCCCCAUCCUCGUCUUCAAGACCAAAUCCUCCCAAAACGACGACCCCGAGGUCCUCGAUGCCGCCGACUCCGACGGCCUCGACAUUAACAACCUCGACCUCAUCGCAACAGGCACAGUCGUCGCACCCGACCAAUCCCGUGUCGUCGCCAAGCGCUCCAUCCUCACGGGCCACCCGUUCAAGAUCCACAAGAAGGUCGUUACGAUCCGGUACAUGUUCUUCAACGCCGAGGACGUCAACUGGUUCAAGGCGUUGCAAUUGUGGACGAGACGUGGGCGCAGUGGGUUUAUCAAGGAGAGUCUGGGUACGCAUGGAUACUUUAAGGCGACGUUUGAUGCGAAGCUUAAUCCGCAGGAUUCCGUGGGGAUUAGUCUGUAUAAGCGGGUUUUCCCGAGGAAGGCGAGGGCUUUGGAGGAUGUCGUCUACUAG